UCGUAGUCGACGCCGCCGUAGCACGCAUCUCGUAGCACUUCGUAGACCCGUAGCAGACAUGUCCAGAAGCAUCGAGUAUCGUGCAGCCGUGCUGGUGGCGCUGGCGUGCGUGGUGGCGAGCGCUGUGUGCGCGCCCGCGCCGCUGUGCGCCGGCGCCGCGGAAGACGACCCUAGGGCCGCGCGCUUCUGCCAGGCCCUGAAUACUUUCCUGGAGCUGUACGCCGAAGCAGCGGGCGAACAAGUUCCGGAAUACCAAGCUCUAGUACGCGACUACCCUCAGCUCCUCGACACCGGAAUGAAACGGCAAGAUGUCGUGCACUCUUUCCUGCGCUUUGGGCGCCGGCGCUGACGUGUGGCGGCGUCUCACCCCGCACCCCGCAGCGACGAGGCUUGAACUAACUGCAUAACCAAUAACCACCCUUUCGUCCAAAACAUUAACGUAGAUUUAUCUAAGAAGGGUAAUUUAGCCGUCGAAUCCACGGAUAGACGGACAAAUUAUGUUUCGCCAUACUAGUUUUAUUCUAUAGGUAUCCGAGCGACAAUCUGAACCUCUCUCCCCAAAUUUAUAAGGCUAGGUUACGAUGUACUUACUGCUAAAAGUAUUAAUAGUUUAAGGUGUAAUUAUCGAUCUUGUUGUCAAUAUUUUUGUGGCAUUUCAUUUGGUAAGUGUAAGAAUAUUAAAAUGUUUUAAAUAAAUUCCAUAUUUAUGACAA